AGUAUUAAGGCAACGGAAAGUUUGUAUUAUCCUGGCAACAAAGAAUUGUAGCAAAGAUUGCUAGGAAAUGGCUUACUCUUUCGAACAUAUUAAUAGAAGAAAAGCAACGCAUAUAAAUGCUGACACAAGAAACCUUUUAGAAUGUCCAGAAAGGGAAAGACCCGUCCAUAAUUACGCCGAUGGAGGAGAUGGAAAAUCGCAAGUUUGGCAAGGUCAUGGUUAUUAUAACCCAACAGAUCGUAGCUGGCAAAAGCACCACGAAAUUAAGGCUUUACCAAGAGAAAACGUGCCGCAUAGAAUCGAGUUCCAAUCUGAAAAACAAUGGGUUGAAUAUAUGAAGAAGAGAGAUAUACCAGGAUCCGGUCCUAAACAGGCUUCUUCUGGUUGGAGGAAUGCUCCGGUUACUGCUCUCCAACUUCAAGGCUAUGCUUGGAAUCCGUUUAAUCUUUACAGAACAGGAACUCCGGCUAUUACAAUGUACAACGCCCACGUACCGUGGCCAACUGCUGACACGGCUAGAAGAUUUCCUACCUGGAGAGGACCAAAAUCAUACUACGGAUACUAUCACGAAGAGUUGGAUGUCCAUCACGCAGGUGGUUAUAGAUAUCCUCGAGAUCCGAGGGUACUAGUCAACGACGAGGACAUUAUCAAGUACGAGUACAUGCAUAACACUCCAGAAUUGCAUUCGAAAUCAGCUGUAGAACUUCCUGUCUUAACCUAAUCUGCAUUAAGUCUCAAUAAAAAAAAGACACGUUUUGAUUAUUGAUAUAUACAUAUAAAUGAGGAUGCUUUAUGAUCCGUAAUCCUAUUGUUUAGAUUUGAUCGCUGUUCUAAUCUUCUCCUUCCUUUGUUCGUUAUAAAGGAACAUGACUGAUUAUUUUUUUUUUGUUUUUUUCCAUGCUGGCAAUCAUGCGUUAAUAAUCGAUAUUGAAAGGGAAGAAGGGG